GGCAUUCGCGGCCCCUGGCGGUUAGCCCAGCGCGGCCUCUGAGCAGGUCGGUAGACACCAGGCUCUCUCCUGGGCCGGGCCUGUCGGAGUACAGCAACAGAGGUUGGGCAGGCCGUGAGGAACUAAGGAGUCCCGCGCUCCGGGAUGGCUGACAAAGCUAAGUCCAAGACUGGAGGGCCCCCUCCGCCCGAGGGUGCCCCCCCGCCCGCAGGGGGUGAUGCACAACCCAAACCUGGGGAGGAAAAACCAAAGGACGCCCCAAAGCCAAUGGCAGUGCAGCCCAAGGAUGAAGUGGGCACGAGGAAAGGAUGUCGCCGCUACCGGUGGGAGCUCAAGGACAGCAACAAGGAGUUCUGGGUCUUCGGGCAUGCUUUCGUCAAGCUCGUCAGCCUGGGCUGCCUGGUGGCGGCGCUCAUACUCUUCCAUGGGCUCGCGGUACACCCCAUCGUGCUGCUCAUCGUCACCAUGGAACUGUCCAUCUUCAUCUUCUUCAUUAUCCUCUACAGCUUUGCCAUCCAAAGAUACAUGGCCUUCAUCCUGUGGCCCAUCACUGACCUCCUCAACGACCUGUUCGCCUGUGGCUUCCUCGUGGGCGGGGCCGUCUACGCCGUGAGGAGCCGCAAGACCAUGCCGCUGCACUAUUUUAUCGCCGUGAUCCUGAUGGGCGUGGCUGCACUUUUUGCUUUUAUCGACAUCUGUCUCCAGAGAAAACACUUCAAAGGCAAGAAAGUCAAAAAGAACGUGCUGGUUCCUCCCCCGCCAAAGAGUCAAGAACCACCCCCAGCAGAUAAAGCGGAGCCAGCGAAAGACGCCGGGAAGGAGAAACCCAAGGAACCCGAGAAGGACAAAGGCAAGGAACCCGAGAAGGACAAAGGCAAGGACACGGAGAAGGACAAAGGGAAAGACAAGGAUAAAGGGAAGGACAAAGGGAAGGGAAAGAAGUAGCCGGGAGGGGCCCCCGCUGUCCGGACGGCAGCAGUGCCCUGGCCAGCCCUGUCUCCAGCCUCGCUGUCCGUCACUGUCAUCUUCUUCCAAGACUGCUCUUUUCCGUCUUCAUAACCACCUGUGCCUGGAAAAGAGACGUCCCUUUAAACGGAUCUGAAACCUGAA